AUGGCUGGUCGAUUCGUGCGUUCAUCAAAGUAUCGACAUGUCUUUGGACGCCCUGCGCGAAAGGAACAAUGCUACGACAACCUCAGAAUCUCGAAGAAUGCCUGGGAUACAAACUUGGUCAAGGCCAACCCGGAGUACAUUGCGGUCAACUGGGAGGCCAGCGGAGGAGGCGCAUUUGCCGUGAUACCUACAAGUGAAAGAGGGAGGUUGCCAGAACGAAUACCACUCUUCAGGGGUCACACGGCCGUUGUGCUGGACACAGAUUGGAACCCUUUCAAUGACUCGCUGAUAUGUUCGGGGUCGGAUGAUGGCAAGGUGUUUCUGUGGAGAGUGCCGGAAGGCUUCACACUCCAUAGUGAUGUACCUGCCGAUGAUGUCAAGGACGUUGCGCCUGUUGGAAAGCUGAGCGGGCAUCCCAAGAAAGUUGGCCAUGUUCUAUUCAACCCUGCUGCCGAGAACGUUCUCGCUUCUGCAUCAGGAGAUUUUACGAUAAAGAUCUGGGACAUUGAAGCCGGCUCGGCCAAGCUCAGUCUAAAGCUGGGCGACAUUAUACAAUCACUUUGCUGGAGCCCUGAUGGCUCUAUGCUUGUGACUACCUCCCGCGACAAGAAGCUGCGGGUGUGGGAUGUGCGACAACAGAAGCCCGCGCAAGAAGUACAAGGCCACGCCGGUGCCAAAAACAGCAGAGCUGUGUGGAUGGGCGAGCACGAUCGGAUAGCAACGACCGGCUUCAGCCGCAUGUCAGACAGGCAGUUAGCAUUAUGGGAUAUCAAGGCACCACGCGAACCUAUAGGUGGCUUUGAGAUGCUAGAUUCCAUAUCAGGUGUCUGCAUCCCGUUCUGGGAUGAUGGAACUCAGUGUCUUUAUCUGGCCGGAAAGGGCGACGGCAAUAUACGUUACUACGAAUACCAGAAUGACAAACUCGAGUACUUGUCAGAGUAUAAAUCGGCUGAUCCACAGAGAGGCAUUGCCUUUUUGCCAAAGCGUGGUGUCAACAUGCACGACAACGAGGUGAUGCGAGCGUACAAGACAGUCAAUGACUCCUAUAUUGAGCCCAUCUCAUUCAUCGUCCCUCGGAGAGCCGAAACCUUUCAGGAAGAUAUCUACCCGCCUACGGUUGGCCUAAAGCCCGCAAUGUCGAGCGGAGAGUGGUUUGGCGGCAAGACAGCCCUUCCACCAAAGAUCGACAUGGAGACCAUUUACGAGGGCGGAGGGAUGAAAGAAGUUCCUGCGGAGCCAAAGCCUAUGGGUGACAUGCCAGCGCCCGUCAAGGGACCUGAGCCAGAUAAGAAGGAACCAGAACCAGAACCACAACCACAACCACAGCCAUCCCAAGAAGAGCCCCGUCUUGGGGCUUCACGUGCUCCUCCAGUUUCAAUGAAGGAACAAGGUGGUUCGAUGAUGGCCAUGGCAGACAAAUACGCCGACCAAGAUCAUGACAAAGAAGCGUCUAGCGAUGAAUCGAGCUUUGAAGAGGUGCAAAAGCCGAUUGAGAGAGCGGCAGUGAAGACUGCUCCGGAAGACUUAAAACCCGAAGAGGUCAAAGAAACCACUUCGGAGUUGUGGAAGGCAAAAGAGGAGACACAGAAAGGUCCCGGCCCUAGUAUAUUGGAUGAGCCGAGCGACAUUUCCUCUUCAAAAAUUGCUGCUUUACGCUCGGAUACUGCGACACCAACUACUCCCGCCGUUGGCUCAUCCAUCAGUGGGGUAGAAGCCCUUGAACGCGAAGUCAAGAACAUGAAUUCGAUGAUGGCGCAACAAAGUCGGCAAAUGGCGUCGCAGGGACAGGCUAUUGCUGACUUGUUAGCAGAGGUGAAGUCCUUGAAGGCCAGGUUGGAUUAA